GCACCUCAAGAUCAUCUUCUCCAUCAAUACACUCAAACAUUCACAUUCACAACUGAGAAGUUGAAAGCAUCAAAGAGAGGUCAGUAAGGAAGAGAAAAGAAAUCAUAAUCGUGAUGAGUUCAUCAAGUGCAAGCAAGGCUAUUGUGGCAGCAAGUGUUGGAGUUGUGGAGGCAUUGAAGGACCAAGGGAUAUGCAGAUGGAACUCUGCUUUAAGAUCUGUGCACCAGCAAGCCAAAACCCAACUCAGGUCAUUUUCUCAGGCCAACAAGCUUUCAUCUCCUUCUGCUUCAGCUGCUUUCAGUAAAGUCAGAGAUGAGAAGUUGAAGAAAUCAGAGGAGUCUUUGAGGACAGUCAUGUACUUGAGCUGCUGGGGUCCCAACUAAUUCAAUCAGCACAGAAACAGGAGCAAAAAGAUCACAUUUCUGUUGAGGCUUUGAAAGAUCAAGGCUUCUGCAGAUGGAGGUGCACCACCAUGAGGUCUGUGCACCAGCAUGCCAAGAACAAUAUGAGAUCUUUCUUACAAACCAAGGAGCUCUCUUCUUCAUCUUCAUCUUCAUCUUCUGCUGCUAUGGUUUUGAACAAAAUGAAUUCCGAAGAGAUGAAUCAAUCAAGCUGAGAAUUCUCUAAGAAAAGUCAUGUACUUGAGCUGUUGGGGUCUUUAUUGACACAAAUUGGAGCUCAUGGUGAAGUCCCUCAAGAUUUGAAGAUUUUUGAGACUGAAUUGAAGCUGUACACAUUAUUUGAAUGUAAAUUUUCCCAAUCAACCAAAAAAACAAGAAAAUCUAUGUUCUUUGGUUUUUAUCAAUUAACUUUGGAUCUAUUAAUUAGACAAUUCUCGACCAGGUUAACC